GCAUGUACAUUCUUCUCAGACGCCGGCAAGAUCUGCACCGUAUCAGAAGGAAAUUGGAAAGAAAACAAACUACAACCCAGCUGGGACAGAAGGAUGUUUCGGCUGCCGUAUGUCAUUUGCUCUCCUUCUCUGAACCAUUUCAGGUUCUGCUGCCAUGGCGGAGUCUGAAGACAUCUUAGAGCUCCAGCGGGAGGUGAUGGAGGAGAUGGGCAUCUCCCUGGAGGACCUCAAGCAGCUGAUCGAAGAGGAGCUGGAGAAGUCGGAGUACAUCAAGCAGCGGAAGGAGGAACUGGGGCGCCUGGAGGAGUGCGUGAAACAGAAGGAGGCGGAAGUGGCUCACGUCGACCAGCUCCUUGAAAACGCCGUGAAGGCGGUGGAUAAAUGCGAAGUGCUGGUCAAAGACAUCUACGUCAACCUGGGGCUGGAAUACCGAGAGACGGAUUCGGAUUCGGAGAACGGCUCCGGCAAACCCAUGGAAGUGAUUGAAAUCCCCGAUGAGGACGAGGACGAGGAUGACGUCAUGAGCGUGGACUCAGAAGAUCCGAAUAACAAAAUUGCAAAGGACCAGACCCUGCUCCGGGAAGCCAUGGCUGCCAUGAGGAAAUCCGCACAAGACGUUCAGAAGUUCAUGGACGCCGUUAACAAGAAGUCGGGCAGCCUGGAUUCCCAGAGAGGUUUGCAGCACGUCAGCCCUGGCUGUGAACUCACCCACGAUGGCGACCUCACGGUUGGUGAUCGUAUCCUGGGCAAGAAACGGACCAAGACUUGGCACAAAGGCACCUUGAUUGCCAUCCAGACAGUUGGUCCUGGGAAGAAAUACAAGGUGAAAUUCGACAACAAAGGGAAGAGCCUGCUCUCGGGCAACCACAUCGCUUACGACAGCCACCCGGUGCCCGAGAGGCUGAACGUCGGCAGCCGAGUUGUGGCCAAGUACAAAGACGGCAACCAGGUCUGGCUCUACGCGGGAAUCGUGGCCGAGAUGCCCAACGUCAAGAAUAAGAUGAGGUUCCUGAUCUUCUUCGACGACGGCUACGCCUCCUACGUCAUCCAGCCUGAGCUUUACCUCAUCUGCAGGCCCCUCAAAAAGUCCUGGGAGGACAUUGAGGACGUCUCCUGCCGGGAUUUCAUCGAGGAAUACGUCACGGCCUACCCCAACCGGCCCAUGGUGCUCCUGAAGAGCGGCCAGCAGAUCAAGACCGAGUGGGAGGGCACCUGGUGGAAGUCGCGCGUGGAGGAAGUGGACGGGAGCCUGGUCAAGAUCCUCUUCCUG